AUGGUUUUACUGCGUUUUAAUUGCGCAAAAUCAAACACCCUGGGGCAUUUAUAGAGGAAGUGCCAAAACUCUAUAGACGAAACAAGCUAUCUUGUGGACUAGAUUCCGCGUUUACAGGACGAUACAGUUGAUAUAGUGUGUGCAGUAACAUGGACAGUGACAGCAAACCCACGUUUGAUCCUAAAGAGCACCAGCAUUUGAGGUACAAUCCCCUACGGGACUCCUGGGUUCUGGUGUCGGCCCAUCGAAUGAAGCGUCCUUGGAAAGGACAGGUGGAGAAACCGCCAGUGGACAACGUCCCACGACAUGACCCAAAAAAUCCCCUCUGUCCUGGCAGUCUGAGAGCCAAUGGAGAGGAGAAUCCUCAGUAUGACAGCACGUUCAUGUUUGAAAAUGAUUUCCCUGCUCUUCAGCCAGAUGCUCCAGACCCUGGCUUAGAUCAUCACCCACUUUUCCAAAGCAAAGCAGCCAGAGGUGUUUGUAAGGUUAUGUGCUUUCACCCCUGGUCUGACAUCACCCUCCCCCUCAUGCAGCCCCCAGAGAUUCGCAAGGUGAUAGACAAAUGGGCAGAGCUGAUUGAAGAGCUGGGUGCUACAUACACAUGGGUGCAGAUCUUUGAGAAUAAAGGAGCCAUGAUGGGCUGCUCAAACCCUCAUCCUCACUGUCAGGUUUGGGCAAGCAAUUUUCUUCCCAGUGAACCGGCACUGGCAGAACGCUGUCAGAAAGAUUUCCUGCAGAAACACGGAGAGCCCAUGCUGGUGCAGUAUGCUCGAAUGGAGGCAGCAGCACAGGAGCGUGUUGUAGUGGAAAAUGAACACUGGUUGGUGGUGGUGCCAUAUUGGGCGACUUGGCCCUUUCAGACGCUGUUGUUGCCAAGACGACAUGUCCUGCGUCUUCUUGACCUCACCGCCCAAGAGAGAGACAGUCUUGCAUCCAUAAUGAAAAGGCUCCUGACGAAAUAUGACAACCUUUUUGAGGUCUCCUUCCCCUAUUCAAUGGGAUGGCAUGGGGCUCCAACAGGAAGUUAUCUACAGGAAGAUAUGAGCCACUGGCAGCUACAUGCACACUAUUACCCUCCUCUACUGCGAUCUGCCACCAUCCGCAAGUUUAUGGUUGGCUAUGAGAUGCUCGCUAAUGAACAGAGAGAUCUGACACCUGAACAGGCUGCAGAACAGUUAAGGCAUCUGGGAGAGGACCAUUAUAAGAUGAAAAAGACAGAAGAUGGUGCAGAUAUGGAGAAAUAAAAGAGUGUGACCUGUCGGCCACCAUCUGUCCAAUGGUCAAAUAAUAAGAACAUAAAACAGUUUGAAACAGAUGGGACUGUAAGAUGACUCUUACUCCAUUUUCGAUCAGAGUUAUGAACUAUUAUCUACUUUUUAAACCACUUUUAUUUUGUUUUAAUUCAAGUUAGAAAUUAAACAUGGCACACGUUUUGGAAGUUGGAAAUUAAAAGUUGUAAUCUUUGUUUAUUUUAGUUUUUAAUAAUAAAGUCAGUUUUUCCUCUUUGGCAAAAUACAUUUUGGAAGGUAAUAUACUAACAAACAAACACGAUCCUGUCUUUCAUUGUUAAUAAGUUGAGUUUGCUAAGGCAAGCAUCAGUAAGGUGUAAACUAUUACUAAUUAUCAUACUGAGAAAUAGGGGUUUUUACACUUAGUAUUUGUGACGUAAUGAAGCUAGGAAGCAAGUUGCAAGUUGACAAUUAGUUUAUUGACAGUCAAAUUGAGAAGAUAGGGGAAAAGUCCGGGGUGAUGGUCUAGUGGCGCAGAGUCUCCAAUGGUCAGAUGAUCGUGGUGAGAAGAGUGAAGAGAAGUGUUGAACAGACACGGCGAAUCCGGGUAACAGCAAACAGGACACGAAACAGGGACAACGAGAGAACUGGACUGGAACUCUGAAGAGCGAACAACACCGGACAUCACAAACAACGAUCUGACAAGGAGAUGAGAGAGUGGUGAGAAUUUAAAGGGAAUGGGAAUGAGUAACAGCUGGUGAGAGGAGUGAUUGCGGCAGAGCGCUAAUCAUGGUACAAACAACACGCCCACACAUUCACGCACCCACACAACACACACUAAGAACAAGGCACGAGACAAGGAAGAGACAUAGGAUUAAAUACCGUGACAGUAUUAAACUUUGGUGCUUAACUCAUACCACACUGCUAAGGCUUUAAACAUACUCAAGUACAUUAUGCGAACAGUGACAUAUCCAAAAAAUGGAAGCCCAGCUUUAUAAUGCAGCACUCCGAAAUGUGUCAGACUGCAAUCCAUUACACAGCACAUUCUCAGCUUUUCUGCAAGGGGUGUUGUAGCUGGCAUUAGCGUAAACUGUCUGCAGUUGUUCCGUUUUCUCUUUACACUCAAUUUCUGUCAUGGCGGACAGUUUAAAAAGAACCUUGAUGAGCAAGUAUGUUAAAGUCGAUAUCUUUAUAGGUACUUGAAGUUAAGUGUGCCAUUCAGACUAAUAAUGAAUGAUAAAACAGGCUAAAAAAAAAACAUAGACAAAAAUAAAUAAAUAUAAAUCCCAGAAAACACCCUAGCAAUGCCUUAGCAACCAAACAGAAAACCAUAUUUCAAUCACCUUACUACACCCUAGCAACCAGACGAAACCCUGUAUAACUAUCUAACAACACUCUAGCAACGUCCUAGCAACCAAACAGAAACCCCUCUUGAAAAUUCCUAACAUCACCUGUGCAACCAUACAGAACACCCUGUAGCCACUGAUCAAAACCCCAGCAAAUACACAAAACCAAAACAGAAAAACAAAGAAACCAAACAGAAAACCAACUUGCAGCCCCCUUGUAACCCUCCUAAAGCUACAUAUAUAAAUUAGGGAAUGCACCAAUUCGAGAACUAAGUUUAAGUGUUUUUACAAAUUGAAAAAAGAAUAUUGACCAGGCCA